ACUGCCGUAGCAAUUGCAGAGGUGAACAAGAAUGAGGGUAACGAUGAGUACAGCAAGAAAAAUUUCAACGGUGCCAUUAGCUACUACACAGAGGGAAUUAAAGUGAACUGCAAGGAUAAAGAACUGAAUGCCAAACUGUACAGCAACAGGGCAGCAGCGCACUUUAAUUUGGGUAAGAAGUUGCCUUUAAAGUUAGUCAUGGUGAUGUUAUCAGUAGCUCUUUAAAGACUUUUUAAAUUAGUGGCUCUGCAACUGGAAACGGUUUUGUCAAGUGAUCACUGUACGUGUAAGCCGUUACUACUUACGCUUUGUAGAAUGCUCUGCUUUAGAAAAGUUGUCAGACCACAAAAAACUGCUGCUUCUAAUAUGUAAUUGUAGUAGCUGUUCAUCAGUAGAAUCCCAGGCGAGAGUUUGUGCAAUUCCACAACUGGUUUGAGCUUUAUGAAAUGUUUUAAAAUUUUUGGAGCAACCAGACACAACUCGAGAACAGAUACUAACAGGCCACUUUGUAAGACAUAUAGUUAAAACGUUACAGGUCAAAGUAAGUUAGCGAGUCAACUAAACCGUGGCAGUUUGACAGUGUAAAUCAUUUUUUCUCAGGGAAUUACACCGAAGCACUGAAUGAUGCAAAAACGGCCACCGAAGUGCAACCAUCCUUUGUAAAAGCUUUUGUGCGAGGUAUGUCGAUUACAUAAUGGGCCUAUCACCAAUAUUUGUUUUCUAACCGGCAUUACUGAUUUGGUUUUCCCAAAUAUCUUUGCGAAAUGUACUUCAACGCAAGACAGGGUAUGUUAAAACUCGUCUACUAAAACUGCUCUCAUCAGCUUAAGGGCUUGUUAAUGAUAUCCUUAUUCAUACCUUGAUCAGAAUGAGAUCAAGUACGUUGAAUCGUUCGGUUUUAUUUACGACACUGUACGUAAAGAGACUCUCUGAUCCUUUUGCCCCAAGAGUGAGUUACGUUAAUGAGGCCAUUGUUGUUGUUGUUGUUUUUUUGUUCAGCGCACCACUCCUUAUUUCCCGAAAUUUUCUUAUGGUGAGGUUUAUUCCUUCCUCAUCAGGAAGAAAAACCAAUCAACAUAUUUAGAGUAGCAUGUACAGGCCAAAUGUGUUGAGUUUGAGUCGUAUGUUUGUUUUUUUCUGUGCAGGAGCAAGUGCCUGUGUUCGGUUGAAGAUGUUCAGUGAAGCCAUCACAUGGUGUGAUAAAGGAUUAGCAGUAUCUUUUAAUAAUGUAGAUAUUAUUUCUUCACAAACUUUCUUUAUUCUUCUGCUCAAUGUUGAAAUAUAUCUAGUGUAGACCCACAUGCACGUCUAAAUACAUCAAUAGGAUGUUUGUAUGCAAACUCGUGACAAUGAAACAAACACACUUAUGGCUCCGUCAACUUCCAAGCCCAGUCACCCCCCCCCUCCCUCCGGUAGAUCUGUUCGUUUCCUAGAAAUACGAAGGAAACCGUUUUAAGUCCCGCCGUCGAUUUCGCGAGUCAAAAACACGGUUGAAAUUCAAUAUGUUUCGAUCGACUCGCGUUUCAAAACAACCGGGCUAGAAAAAAAAGCCUAUUGCCAAAAUUUUCAGUAUAAUUCAUCGUUGACUGAAACAUAUCAUUCUUUAGCAUUACAGUCUGCUUAUUUGUAAAAAAGCCGAGGUAAAAAUAUGCCCCUUGCUUACCCUUGAGAGGUAGUUGAAUGAAGGCAACGAUUUUCAUUGUUUAUUUGCUCGACUUGCCUUUUUUACAUAUAAAUUAAGGGAAAAAUAUAUAAAUUACAAGUGAAUAAUACUUUUUUAAAAAAUUCCCCUUCCCUAGGGGUGUAUGUAUGGUCUUUUAAUGUUCAAUACCCCUUAAAUUAUUUUCAAUGCAUACAUCUUUGCCAUGCUAAACACUAUAUAAAAAUUUAGUAAAUCCGUUUAGUGUGUUAACUUUGUGUUAAUCAGCUUAUCAACGACCGUCCCGCCUUUUCUAAUGCAAAUUCUUCUAAACUACUAGCAUCCACAGACUUUCUUUUAAACGUUUUCACGUUCCACACUUUGUACAACGGAAUUUCCUAUAAACUUAACGUUAAGACCCAAGAUGAUUUAUCUUAAGUUCGCAUUUUUUUAAGUCAGAAACUUGACAAGUUGUUAAAACUUUUAACAAGUAAACUUAUUUAUACAAGAUCGACCAGAACAACCAGAAGUUGUUGGAAUUACGGGGCAACUCUGUAACAGAACAGAAAAAACUGGAAGAAAAUCACGGAGAAGAGGUAAGUAUGAUAAAAAAGGACUUAAAGGGAAGGUUUCAUCGUUCGGCGCACGCUGCUAGGAGAUACUGUAUCGUCUAUGCAAGCAAUAUGAUCAUGUCAUAAUGUUGUCAAAGAACGAAUUUGCACACUCCCUCGGCGGUCACUUGAUCGACUUGUGUGCAAAUAGCUGUAAAUUCAUCAAACGUGGAAUACCACCCUUGGGUCAACGAUAAAUUCAACGUUGAUAGUGUUGGCAUAUUUUAAAGAUCCACUUAUUUUUUCUGCGAUUUUAGUACUCCUCCAUCCUACUUCAGGUUACUCUGAAAUACAAGUCUACUUUGAAAUACACUCUGAGAUAGCCGAGAUACAUGUGUGGGAUUAUUAACCGAUAGAAUAAAUAAUAGAUAGGAAAAAAGUAAUUUAAUUAAUGAGCAGGCGCUGAACCGUGAACCCGUCCUUUUAAAUUACGUUGCUUCAGUGCGCUUAUUAUGGAAUUUGCUUUGUCGGAUGUCUUAACUUGGAGAGCUCAUCUCACUCUAUAGUAUCGAUACAGUAGCUGGUUAGAGAAGCAGAUGUUUCUCUCGGCUAUUUAAACGUGGCUGUUCUGUUUUAAAACAAUACUUAAGGCUUUUUGAGCUCAGUUAUCCCAUCUACUCCAUACGCAACUAUUUAGUAACACUUUUCGAGUAAAUACAUCUGGGUUAUCAUCCAAGUACCUUCCCUGAUGCUCGUAAUGUAGAGUAAAACACACAAACACUGGCGCACUUCCACUUGUCUUUAUGAAUUGAACCAAUGUCUGUGUAAUAUAGGAAUUUUCCUGUGCUGUAUUUAUACCUUUUUUGUGCUCUGACAUUCAAUACAUACUGUUACACCUGUUCCAUUAAAGCUAAUAUCUGCCUGUUUUGUUAAUGUUAACAAAUCAUUUUUGUAAUGCUCUAUCACUACUUUAUAUGUCUGAUUUGUUGCUAAACGAAAGCAUUGCAAACCAAGUGAACUCUCCACAUAUAACUUCGUGAUCUUUUAACUGGUGAUACGUAUAAAUACCUUUUUUAUCCCAGUUAUGAGGUGAAAUAUUUCAAACAUGAAUGUUUAGAACAACAACAUAUUCUGUACACCAUUCACCAACAUCAUUCAUAAGAUACUGAAAUACAUUUUUAGCAUGGUGAUAUUGUUUGACCUGUGACUUUUUUAUUCUUUUAUCUACAUCAGUAAUUUUUUGUUGUCGGCGUCAACACUUGAAAUGGGUGAAAUGACAGACUAGUUAUUCGAUUAUCAUUUAUAUCUUAACUGAGCCAACCAUUGUGGCAGUUCCAUCUGUUUUAACAUAAUUCGAUCCCCUGAAUCCCUCCUCAUUGUCAACAUAUGGCUUAUUUGUUCUAUCAGAAGAUUAUGAAAGCGAUUUUAAAUUUCGGAGGUAACUAUUUUUCCUAUUAACAUGUUUUGUAACAUAUGGAAACUUUUUGGAUACAAAAUUGAUACUGACAAUGUUGUCAUCAAGUACUUGGUUGAAAAAAGUUAUUUUACCAAUAUUUGAAAUACUUUUACUAUUCAUAUUAAUAUCUGAAUUUUUUAAAAUUAAUGUCAUUUACCAUUAUCUUUAUUUACAGAUAAUGGUCUCCAUUUGUUGGAGUUUUGACAGUAUAAAUAAAGUUUUUUCCCAUAUCCAAAUAUUUUUCCAUUGGAAAAACAGAUUCGUUUCUACUUACAAAUACAUCACGAACAUUCUCUUUAUUUCGAUUUGCUGUUAAAUGUUUUUGCUACCCAUAACAAUGUCGCUACCUUUAAGGUCAAUAUCUUGAUUAUUAUCAUGUUUUGUAAUUGCAUCACUGAAAUCAGAACCUUCAGCAACAUUUAUCAGAUUUUUAUCAUCAAUGUCAUAAUUUCCAUUUUGCGAAGUAAAGGAUUCGCGACGCUCAGGAAUGUAUUAAAGUUGCCAUUUUUUGACAAGAUUGGGCAAGCAAAAUCUGUAGGUUUCGGUUCUAUUCGGCUAUUUGACGAAGUGAGAGCCGAAUUAGUUCGAGAUAUCUCGAGAGCACUUGGAUUUCUUUGAUUUAUUCUUUAACUUUUUCCAGGAAGAAACAAUUAUUAUUUUGGCUUCUCCGGGGUUUGAACUGACUCACCUGUGUGACCCAUCAGAUCAGAGCAGGCUGUAAGUUGAGGGAUUAGUCGAUUGCGCUACUGCGACCCAAGGUAGUUUGGGAUAUGAAAAAUAGUCAUAAAAUUAUGCACUAGUCUCGGGACAAGAUUGGGUGUGCAAGUUCGUGACUUUUCGGCUUGUUUCAACUAUUUCACGAAAUGAGACUGGACUACCUCGUGAUAUCUUGAGAUCACUUCGAGUUUAGUCUUUAAUUACUCGAGGAAUAAAUAGAGGAUAUUUCGUAGCCGCGCAGAGACACGAAAUUUCUCUUCGAGUGUUGGAAAACAUUUCACGAGUGAGCCCUCCUUUCGAACUGUUUUAUGAUGAAUUUAAAGUUACAAAAUGCUGCACAAAGACAUUUUGUCUUUGUUGAGUGUUACGUAGUAAAAUUGCUUUCAUGCGUUGCGUGACUUUCUCGAACGUUCUCUACGUUUUUGGAUUAUCCAUGAAUAAUUAAUUAGGGCAUGUUUUCAUUUCAGCAUGAGUCAGCAGAUUUGCAUCAGUUACUGAAAUCAUAAAAUAUGUCGAAAAGCUACUACUAUUCGCCUGUUUAGUAUUUUCUAGAACCUUAUGUCAAACGGUAUACAAGUUCCAAGCGAGUUCUUUUGACGAACUAAGUUUUUUCCCACGAGCUGGACUGCUGUGUUUAGUCAAGUGUGACGAAGGUCGAUUUUCAGGUUCUGUGUUUACAAGUUUGUGGAAGCCGUAAGAUAUCUGAAGUUCAAGUGAGAGUUUGUUAUUAUUAGUAGAGGCUGUUUAGUUUUACCCAAAGUUCAAGUCAAGUUUGUGUUGGUGGAUGCUGUGUUCUAAAGCUCUGUAAAGGCUAUGUUCCUUUGGUGUUAAACUUCCUUGUGUUAAUCCGACAUCCCUGCGGGCUGAUAGUCAGUGAAUAAUUAUCCUCAAAACAUUCGAACUCGUGACUUUGAGUUUUAGCCAAUUCCAUGCUCAACGUAAUUGACUCCUUACCCAUGCCUUACAUAUCUUUAAUCAGUACAUGAGACUAUUAUGCUGUUUUGAAGCCUGAUGUGACUAAGAAAAAUAGAGAAUUGUUUUUUUAAAAGGAUUUGUAUGGAGUCAUCAGAGCAUAACUGGGCUAAUACCUCGGAGACAAUUUGUUCCGAAAUGCUAGUUUUUGGCAAGUAGGCCUCUUGGAUGUUGCUCUUUUCAGAAUAUCCUGACAAAUCCCAUAAUUUCACAAGUUAACACCUUACUCUUACCAUAUUUGAUUUCUUACUAUUCCUCCGCAUUUACAAUUAAUUAGUUUCACAACCACGACGCCGAAGUGUACGCUCCGUAGCGUCUUGUUUGUUAAAUUAAAACCUCCUCCUUUUACAACAAUCUCUGUAUUUUCACUCGUAAAGUUUAAAAUUCCGUUGGAAUAACUCAUUUUUAUUCAUUGGCUUUAUUUUUUGCAUCCAAGUUUUUCGUAGCAAAUUUGCGAGGUAUGCCAUGUAUAAAAACCAAUAAGGUUCAUAUGCUGCUUUUUCAUAUAAAUUACUUGAAAAAUCAUAAAUAAAAAAAUGAGAAUAGUUUAAUCUAAUAUCUUUUGGUGUUUAUAAUAAACAUGAUUGAGAAAAAUAAACGUCACUACGAUUUUUACGUCUUCCCAUUGUGAAAUGUUCAGUCAGUGGAUUUUUCCUCAAAUGUGAAUUACUAUCCCUUGAUUAUCACUUGGUAAUUCAGAAACCGGUAUUAUUUAACAAUUAUUCCUCCAGCCCGAAUGGGCUCUGAGUCAAUAGCCCAUGAGGCCGAAGGCUGAAUGGGCUAUUCACUCAGAGGCCAUGAGGGCGAGAGGAAUAAUUGUUUUAGUAAAAUGCAACUAGUUGCUCAAAAAUAUCGAGACAAAACAACUUUAGCUAACAAAAAGCGAUUCAGCAGCCAUUAUUAGGUUUUCAAAGCCGGCGCUCUUGGCUACUAGUGGCCUAUAACAUAUAGCCUAGUAGUAGCUCAACCAGUCGGAACGCAGCAUUGAUAAUAAACCACUAGUUGGAUUUUACUAAUUUAUUACUACUUACCUGAAUAAUAUCAUAGCCAGCUUCUCUAUCUUGGUGCAACCAUUUCCAAUAAGCUCUCCUAUUUUGACUGCUCAAAAAAUUUUAGUUUGAAAUUCUAGAAAUUAUAAUGUACACAUCAUCAACUGCAUUGUAUGUUAUUUUUUUGUAUAGCAAACUUGUGCGAAGGCGAAGUUCACAGCAGGCGACCUUAGCACUUGUGGCAAAAUUGACAACUCUGUACACAGGUCGGAAGAAAGAAAGGCGUAUGGCAAUCUUCUCAACGCCCAUGACACUCUGGACGAUUUUAAAAAAAACACUCUUGACAACUUUGAACAUUAUCUAAAAAUUUGCAAAAAACUUGGAGACAAAUCCGGAGAAGGAUGGGUGUAUGACAAUCUUGGCAACGCUUUUUUCAGUCUAGGGGAUAUUAAAAAAGCCAUAGACUACCAUGAACGUGCUCUAAAAAUUGCAAAAGAACUGGGCGACAUAUCAGGAGAAGGAAAGGCGUAUGCCUCUCUUGGAAACGCUUAUCAGAAUAUGGGAGAUUUGAAAACAGCAAUAGACUACCACGAAUGUAAUUUAAAAAUUGCGAAAGAACUGGGUGACAGAUCGGGUGAAGGAAAGGUGUAUGCCUCUCUUGGAAACGCCUAUCAGAAUAUGGGAGAUUUUAAAACAGCAAUAGACUACCACGAACGUAAUUUAAAAAUUGCAAAAGAAUUGAGUGACAGAUCGGGUGAAGGAAAGGCGUAUGGCAAUCUUGGCAUUGACCUUGGCAGCCUGGGAGAUCUUAAAACAGCCAUAGAUUACCAUGAACGUUAUCUAAAAAUUUCGAAAGAACUGGGCGACAGGUCAGGAGAAGGAAAGGCAUAUGGCUUUCUUGGAAAAUCUCAUCAAGGACUGAGAGAUUUUAAAACAGCCAAAGACUACUAUGAACGCAAACUAAAAACAGCGAAAGAACUGGAUUACAGAUUGCAGGAAGGAUUUGCUUAUUGUUAUCUUGGUGACACUAAUUGCUAUUUAGGAGACCUUAAGACAGCCAUAGACUUCAAUGAACGUGGUCUCAAAAUUAUGAAAGAAUUGGGUGACAGAUUGGGAGAACGAAUAGCGUACGCCAAUCUUAGUCACGCGAAUCGAAGCCUGGGGAACUUUAAAACAGCCCAUUAUUACAAUGAAUGUCAUCUGAAAAUUGCGAAAGACAUGGGCGACAGAGCGGAAGAGGGAAAGGCGUAUGGUAAUCUUGGCAUUACCUAUCACAAUCUGGGAAAUUUUAAAACAGCCAUAGAGUACCAUGAACGUGCUCUAAGAAUUGCGAAAGAAUUGGGUGACAGAUCGGGAGAAGGAUUUGAGUAUUGCAGACUUGGCAUUGUCCAUCAAUGUAUGGGAAACUUUAAAAUAUCCAUAGACUACCUUGAACGUGGUCUAAGAGUUGCGAAAGAACUGGGAAACAGAUUUGUAGAAGGAGAAGCAUGUGGCAAUCUUGGUCUUACCCAUCACAGUCUGGGAAAUUUUAAAACAGCCGUAGAGUACCAUGAACGUGCUCUAGGAAUUGCGAAAGAAUUGGGUGACAGAUCGGGAGAAAGAAAUGAGUAUUGCAGACUUGGCAUUGUCCAUCACAGUAUGGGAAACUUUAAAAUAUCCAUAGACUACACUGAGCGUGGUCUAAAAGUUGCGAAAGAAUUGGGAAACAGAUCAGUUGAAGGAAAAGCGUAUGGCAAUCUUGGCAAUGCCCAUCGCAGUCUGGGAAAUUUUGAAAAAGCAAGAGAUUACCAUAAACUUGAUCUAAAAAUUGCGAAAAAAUUAAAAGACAGAUCGGGACAGGGAAUGGCGUAUGGGAAUCUUGGCGGUGUCCAUGAGAAGCUGAGAGACUUUGAAAGAGCCAUAGAAUGCCAUGAAUGUCACCUAAAAAUUGCAAAGGAACUGGGUGACAGAUCGGGAGAAGGAAAAGCGUAUGGCAAUCUUGGCACUGCCUAUCACGGACUGGGAGAUUUUGAAAAAGCCAUUGAUUACCUUGAACGUAAUCUAAAAAUUGCGAUAGAAUUGGGGGACAGGUCAGACGAAGGACUGGCGUAUGGUAAUCUUGGCUGCAGCAAUAACAGUCGGGGAGAUUUUGAAACAGCCGUUGGCUACUUUAAACGUCAUCUAGAAAUUGCGAAAGACUUGGGUGACAGAUCGGGAGAAGCAGUAGCAUGCUCGAAUCUUGGUCGAGGUUUUGAAUGUCUUGGCCAAGUUUCGGUAGCUAUUGGAUAUUUCCAGCGCAGUAUUACUUUGUUAAAUAAUAUCAGAGAUCGUCUUCAUGUUAACGACGACUGGAAAGUAAGCCUACGCGAUCAGUACCAGACAACAUACGCUGCACUCUGGCGCUUGUUGUUAGGAGAGGGCAAGAUUACAGAAGCUUUGAUUUCUGCCGAGCAUGGACGGGCACAGGGUCUUAAGGACCUUAUGGCAUUAAAUUAUGGAUUGGAAGUGAAUGACGCUGAGUCAGAUGAAGGAGACAUGAGAACCUUUAAUGAAGUGUCCAGUCACUUUCCCACGAAUACGAUAUUUAUGGCACUUGGAGAGAACGAAUUAAUUUUUUGGGUUUGUCAGGAAGGAACGGCCCUUGAAUUAAGAAUAAACCCAAUAGAUUCAGAGGGGAAAAUUAGCUCUUUCUUUGAGUCUCUUGUGGAGCUUGUCUGUCAGGAAAUUGGUGCAAGAGAUUAUGUGGAGUGUGAAGAUCGCUCACUUGAAUUGCUGAAUGAUAAAAGACAUGAAAGACUGGAAGUUAAAAGAUCAACUAGUGAUGGCAGUCAAUUCCAGAACUUAAACAAUUCUUUGAAUACUUUGUCCGACGUAAUCAUUGAUCCUAUUCAAGAUCUCUUUUGGGGAAGUGAAAUCCUAUUCGUACCCGAAGGCCCACUCUUGUUGGCUCCUUUUGCUGCAUUGAAGGGUCCAAACUCCAAAUACCUCUGUGAAUCAUUCAGAAUUCGCAUAGCUCCAUCUCUUACCAGCUUGAAAAUAAUUGCCGAUUGCCCGGUAGAUUACCACGUCAUGUCUGGCGCGCUUCUUGUGGGUGACCCGUGGGUACAAGAUGUGACAAAACUACCAGGAUUGCCACAUGCCAGAGAGGAGGUAGAGAUGAUUGGUAGAAUUCUUGACUGUACACCUCUUAUUGGAAGACAAGCCACAAAGGAUGAGGUAUUAAGACGACUCGGUUCGGUUGCUUUGGUGCACAUUGCUGCACAUGGCAGCAUGAAAGCAGGCGAAAUUGCCUUGGCACCAAAUAAUGGUGAGAAGGAUUUCAUGUUGACAAUGAAGGACGUACUGCGUGUUCAGAUGCGUGCAAGACUGGUUGUACUCAAUUGUUGUCAUAGUGCUCAAGGAGAGAUCAAAGCAGAAGGUGUAGUAGGCAUAGCAAGGGCAUUUUUGGGAGCCGGUGCUCGUUCUGUUCUCGUGUCUUUGUGGGCAGUUGAUGAUAAGGCCACUCUUGAGUUCAUGAGAAAUUUCUAUCAGCAUCUUGUAAAAGGCAAAAGUGCGGGUGAAGCCUUAAAUCAAGCAAUGAGCUGCAUGAGAGAAUCUGAGGAGUUUGGCGCAGUCAAGUACUGGGCACCGUUUGUGCUCAUUGGUGAUGACGUCACAUUAGAAUUCGCUUUAUGUGAAUAA